CCGGGAGCAGGAGCGGCGCUGACAUCGCCUGUCGACGCCCAUCUUCCAACCCACCCCAGCCACUGCCCGCCAGCCCACGUCCGGUCCAGUACGCGAGCGAGGAGGGGUCGUACACAUGGACGCGGCCGGCCUUGGGGCCACUCUGGGGCCGCCCCGGUGCUGCUGUGGAAGCCAUGACUGCGCUUUCCUGGCUCACAAUGGGCGGCUCCUCGAAGGCCUCGAGCGAGACGUCUCAAAGGCCGCCCAGCUCGGCCAAGCUCUCCUCGUCCGCCAUGAGGCCUAUGUCGCCGACUCGGAGCGCGAGCGAAAAGAAAUGCUCGCUACCAUCGAGAGCCUGGAGCGGGAAAAGCGGGAGCUCGAGGAUCAGAACGCCCGCUCCAUCAGGACCAACCGCGAACUUCUGGACCAACUCGAGCAGCUGAACAACACCGUCGCCGAGUCGGAUGCCCACAUCAAGGCCCUCGAGGACACGCUGCGCUCGGCCGAGGAAGAAAUCGGCCGUCUGGGCACCCUCGCCGCACGCACACAACUACUGGAAAAGCAACUGAUCGACCUGGAGCGAGAGCAAUCACAGCUCCAACGCAACCUUGACGCCAAACUCGUCGACGAGCGCACCGCCAUCCAGCGAUGGAAGGCGGCAGAGCGCACCAUUGGCGACCUCCAGGACCAGAUUGACCGUAUCGAGAAAGAAUCCCGAGCUGAGCGCCAGCGACACCACGAGGUCGUUGCCCGCAUGGAGCGCCGCAUGGCUGUCGAAAAUGAACUCAACACUGCUGCAAGCCGACUCAAGGCCAAGGCUGGACACGACAAAAACGGCACUACGGUUGUCUCUCACUUUGUCAAGGAUAUUCUCCUCGACAAUGCCAAUCUGCAACACGGUAUCAUGGAACUGCGCGAAAUGCUCGGCAACUCGAAUGAAGAAGUGGAACGUCUACGGGAACAGCUCAGGGAACAUCAGCCCAUGUCAGCAUCGCACUCGGAAGGCGUUACCAGUCCAACGCUACAGAAAGAACUCGAAAUGGAACACGAAUCACUGAACCAAGAACUGCAUAUCCACCACCACUUCCACGCCCCCAAGACGUCGAGGAAUGUGUCCAAGGGACCUGCUCGCGGCCGACCCAAGAAGAAGCGAUUCACGCUGACACCCACUCACUUUGACCCGCCUCCCACGCUGGAACGCUCCUCUACAGCCACCAUACUGAACCAGACUGCUGUUUCAGUGCCAAACUCGCACCGAUGGUCUCAGGCCUCAACCCUUGGCCCUGGCUCCUUCUCGGGCUCGCCCGUGUCUGACUCACACCGCGGAUCCAUGUACGAUCGCGUCUUUAGUGAGGCUUACGACUCUUCGCGCCCGACAAGUCCACCGGACUCGCUCGAUAUCCUCUCGCCGAUGCUUGGCCCCUGCAAAUCGAAUGACUACAGCUCGGAUCAUGAGGCUACCCCAACUGUGCGGAGGAGACGCUCGGGGCCGCUCGAGGCAGGCAAGACUGGUGUAAGGCACUCGCGCCGCAAGUCUCGCGGUCUCAUGCCACCAAGCCUUUCAACCAUGCGCAGUUCCAGCACUCCGAUUGCCUUCACUACCAAGAGCAGCCCUGCCAGUGCUAUCGUGUCGGCUGUCAGCCCUGCCAACUCUUUCAAUGAAAGCUUCACCCUCUCGCCCGCCAUGCAGGCAGAGCCUCAAGCUGCGAUACCCGAGGAGUGCGAGGAUUCUUCGCUGUCGACUGCCGAGCCAUCUCUCGCCAACUCUGCAGAGUUUGCGCCUGGUGAGCUCGUGUCGCCCCUGACUGCUAUGCGUCCUUCGCUGCACCGCCACGCUUCCCACGACUCGCUCAUCUCGAUUUCCGGCAUGGACAUCCACACGCUUCGAUCACGACCCUCCCAGCUCAUGUACUCUACGCCAACACAUUUUACCGAUAUUCGUAAUGCUGGGUCUGUUGGACCAGAGUUGGCAUGGAACGCCACCGCUUACGGCACGCUAUCGAGCAAGCCGUCUGAUAGCAGCGUGCUCAGUCGAUCCAUGCUCUACUCGAGCAUUGCCAACCAGAAACGAGGACCCCGCAAAAGUGACGGCCCUCAACCCUCUAGCGGCCCUGGUCUCACCAAGAAAGUAGGAGGCUGGGUCUUUGGAAGAUGGGGCGCUACCCCGGCCCCCCCGUCCGACACCGCUACUCGCCCCCCUUCGACUAGGAGCCAACAAACGCAGGCAAGCGUCGAGACUACAGCAUCCGAGAGCUCCAUAAAGAGCUCCGACAAAGACAAGGCCAAGGCCAGGCCUAGCGGUGUCAACCAGGACGGCCCCAUCUGGGGAGUCUUUGACGACGUACCCGCUACACCUACAAAUGUCGUGGUGCGAGACUACGAUGCCGAUGCGCUAGGCGAAGCGCUCGCUGAGUCAAAAUCAUGAUUGUUUUUUGUUAGCCACUUUCUUUUUUGGUUUACACACGCUUGACGACGACCACGACGUCACUAUAUGACUCUCCCCCCGAAAUUAUCUUUAGCCAUAUACACACACAGAUUUUUUUCUUAUUCCCCUCCCCGCCAUCGCUGGGUGAGGGAUGAGUUGAGCGUUUCCUCUCGUUUCGUUUCGUUUCGUUUUUUUUUCUCUCUUCAAAUCUCUUUAGCAGCGGGAGUUCUUCUUACGGCGCACACACACAUCACGAUAGACUGCAU